AAUUGAAAAAUGUGUGGCAGCCUAGCUAGCAUGAAGCAGCCUUCAACUAUCCAGUCAAAAUCAAAGCAGCUACUAUGGUACACAUUUUGUGUGGGGUUGUCCUUAGAGAAAGGCUGAUUCUAUAGCACCUCAUUCUGACUCUUAAGCCAACAACUCCACUAUUUUUCACCUCUUCAUUAUAUAAAAAAUGUUCAUAUAAUAAUAAUAAUAAUAUACUUUAUUAUUAUAGUUUUCUUCUCUCAUUCUCUCACACGUCUUCUAUCUCUAAAUUCUAAAACCUUCCUUCCAAUAUUUUCUAACAUACCAUUAUUUGAUAUCUCUUUGUUUGAUCUACUUAUAAUUGCAUAACAUAAAAAAAAAAAAGCAUAAUGAAGAAGUUUGUACUCAAGUUAGAUUUACAUGAUGACAAGGAUAAGAAGAAGGCCUUGAAAACAGUCUCAACUCUUUCAGGAAUUGAUGCAAUUUCAAUGGACAUGAAAGAGAAGAAAUUGACAGUGAUAGGAACAGUAGAUCCAGUAAAUGUGGUAAGCAAAUUGAGGAAAUUCUGGCACACUGAAAUAAUUGCAGUAGGACCAGCCAAGGAGCCUGAGAAGAAAGAAGAUGGAAAGAAAGAAGAAGCAAAGAAGGAAGAAGAGAAGAAAGAAGAAGGAAAGAAAGAAGAUGGAAAGAAAGAAGAAGGAAAGAAAGAAGAUGAGAAGAAGAAAGAGCCAGCACCUGAUCCUGUUCUAGAAUGGGUUAAGGCUUAUAGAGCAUAUAAUCCUUACAUGACAACACAUUAUCAUGUUCAAAGUAUGGAAGAGAAUCCCAAUGCUUGUGUCAUUUUUUAAAAUUUGAAUUUAAAUAGCAAAGUGUUUUCAAAUAUAUGAUGGAAAGAUAAACUUUUCUAAGUAUGGUAAUAUUAAUGGAUUUAAUUAUCUUUCCUUACUUAGCCUUGUAGGUGGCAAGAGGCAAACAAUGUAGGAGCUAUUUGUAUAUAAUAUGGUCAAGGUAAUACCUUGUUGAGACAUUAUUAUUAAUGUGUAGAGAGAAAGAAUAAAAUUUUGAAGAUUUUGGUUUGGGAAAAAUGUCAUCUAUACUCUUUUUCUUGUAAUAGUAAUAUUUUAUUGGGAAAUGUUAUUAUAA